GACGGUGAAUUUCAGUAACAUUAUCGAAGUGCCGAACGCGACACGUGUAUUCAUUGUUCCCGCGUUUAAUAAACGUGGUCAUAUUAGUUUCCUCAUUCGGUGUGCAAAAUUUAUUUAUUUUAUCGGAGCAUUAAGCAUUUAUUUUAUCGGACAGGAUAAAUCAAGAUUCAUCGAUUUGAAUGAUAGUUUAACACCAAUAUUUUCUUCUCAAGAUGACAAAUGACAUGGAAAUAACCAAUAAAUCAUUUCAUCUUCGGUGGAACAACCACUUGGAAAAUUUGCGAUCUUUAUUCGAAUGUCUUUUCAAUGAGCAGAUUCUUGUUGAUGUUACAAUUGCAUGCCAAGAUGGUUUACUCAAGGCUCACAAAUUAAUUUUAUCAGCAUGUAGUCCGUACUUUGAAACAAUUUUUCAAGAAAAUCCUUGUAAACAUCCAACUGUUAUUAUGCGAGGUGUAACAUUACAUGAAAUGCAGAGUUUAUGUCAAUAUAUGUAUGUAGGUUCAGUUGAAGUUCAUGAAAGUAAUUUGAGUUCACUUUUAAAAGUUGCCCGGGAGUUACAAAUAAAAGGGUUAUCUGAAAAAACUGUAUCUGAUCCACCAAAAAAUAAACCAAUGUUUAAUCAUAUUCCAAUUAAAUCAGAAACCUUAGAUGCCACCGAUGUAAAUGUAAAGUUAGAAAUGACAAAUGGCAGCAACAGUUCUAUUGAAACAGACUCGAGACAUUAUCAGGUCCUUGCAGAGGAAGAUUCUUAUGAUAACAAUAGUUCUUUUGAGCACACAAAUAUGUUGAGCCCACAAGUUAUGAUGGACGAACAUAUCGAUGAAAAUAAACCUACUAUACUAUCACAGCCAAAGUAUCAACCAUACCAAGUUAAUUUCCAAACAUUAACCAAUUCUGAAUCUCAAAACAAAAUGGUUGGAGCUGUUGAAUGCCCAACGUGUCAGCGAACAUUUCUCAAUAAGCAGAAUCUACGCCGUCAUAUGCAGACACAUUCAGGAUUAAAACCUCACCAAUGUUCUUACUGUAAUUUAUCAUUUUUAAGACUUUCACAUUUACAAAGACAUCAUCGUACUCAUACAGGCGAAAGGCCUUUUAUGUGUACAGAAUGUCCAAAAAGUUUUUCUAGAUCAGAUAAACUAAGAUACCAUAUAAUGCAACAACAUGCCAGCAUGGCACAUCUCCCUGGACCUAAGCAGAGAGGUAGACCAAAAAAGUUUGAUCCACAAACUAAUAAUGUAGAUGUCACAAUGGUAGCAAAUAUACAAAAUUAUGAAGAACAAUGUGUACCCGUACCCGUUCAAGAGCUACAAGAACCUUUAAAUCUAGCUCAUUAAAUUUAUAUUCAAUAUUUAAAACUUUCCUAUGUAAUAUAAAUAUUCUUGAGAUCAAUUUUUUUUUACUGUACACUUGUUUCGAUUUGAUUGAUAAUGAAAAUAAAAUAAUUGUUAAUUAUAGGGCAAUGUUACUGUGAUAAAGUGAAUUUAUCUAAUUUUAACCAUGUUCCAUUCUAUAAAAUUGCCAACUCUUACUACUUUUUUUUGUUAAUGUUAACAAAAGUACUUGUUAUUAUUGAACAUAAAUUUUUUUUAUAAAAAUUAAAUCACCAUGACAAAAUAAAUUAACUUAAUAUAUGGGUACUCAAAAUCGUAAAUUAUAAUUUAAUUACAUUAUGUGAUGUUUGUAAUUAGAAUUGUUAAAAUACUAUUCUUUUUUCAACUUUUUAUGUAAGAAUGAAAUUUGUUAGAAAACAAAUAAGUUUUUUUUAGUAAAUAAAGUAUGACUGAUUAAGUUAUAAAAUUUGAUUUGUGAUUAUAAAAUACCUUACUACAAUGAUUAUGCUUUAUUUUAUAUCUUGGAAUUUAUUUCUUAUUUGAUACAUAGUAUUUUUCACAUAUUUUUAAAGUAUACAAUUAAAUUAUUGUAAUAUAUUGCAUAUAUAUGUAUUAUAUUUAUUUAAUAAUUGUAUAAUUAUGUGUGUAUUUGAUUUGUUUAUUUUGUUUUAUUUGUAAAGUAAUUAUCUUAAUAUAAUUAAAGAAAUAUAUAAACUUUUUAAAGUGUA